UGUAGUGCAGCUUGAUGGUGAAGCGGUUGCUUUUGCGGAAAACACCCAAGACCGCCGUGGCGUACUUCCAUGGAGCGCUUUCCUCAUGUCAUCCAGACUGACGUUUAAUAUCCGGUGCUGUGUUUCUGUCUCCAGGGAACAACGUGAACCGAGAGACGGAGUCUGGCUCCACACACGGCCACGUGACGGGGGACUAUGGGAGGCCAAGAUGCAAAGAGCUGUCCACUCAAGAGGACUGCUGGAGACAGAGGGAGUCAUACAAACAUCAGCUUAUUUGAUCCAACAUUAAUGAAUUCAACAACUCUGAAAUGGAACACAACUGUGGAGUACAACGGUGGAGAGGAGCCGGUGAUGCAGUCCCAUCUGUAAAGCUAAAAGAAACAAGGUGCACAUUCCUCUGAUCACGCUGCUGAAAAAGAGUAGGCGUGCUUGAUCUGUGCCUACGACACAGGACUAACUGAGUCAACUGACAGCACUGGACCGAGUGACCACAGACGCAGCUAUGUAAGAAGACAUCUGUCCAGCAUGCAGGUCCUGACAAUCAACACACUACUGUGAUUCAUGCCAUAUGUGGGUUCUCGGGGGGGGGGGGGGGGGGGUUACUCAGCAAAAGAGAAACGAUCAGAUGAUGUUUACCUAAGAGUUCUGUCAGUGUUUGAUCUACUCCUGUAAGACCACAGACUGCUUUCUAUUUUUUAUUCAGAGGAGAAGACAGGAAGCAUAAGUCCCAAGUGGUCACUAUGCCUCGGAACCGAGCUUUUUCCGAGCCAGAGUACUCGGCGGAGUACUCGGCGGACUGCUCGGUCACUCUGCCCUCUGACCCUGGGCAGGCGGUCGGGCGAACACACGAGGUCACGGUUCGGAGCUCAGGAUGCUGCCUCUGCCUGCCGCGGUUCAUGCGCCUCACCUUCGCACCAGAGUCUCUGGAAAACCUCUACCAGACCUACUUCAGACGGCAGAGACACGAAACCCUGCUGGUGCUGGUCGUGUUCGCUGCCCUCUUCGACAGUUACAUCAUCGUCAUGUGUGCGGUGGUCUACACCACUGACAAGCUGGCUUCUGUUUUAGUGGCAUCGGUGGGACUGGCGGCCGACAUCGUCCUCUAUCUGCUGUGCCGCUUUGGGCUGCUGCCAGACCGUAUCUCGAGACGGGUGGUGCCCUACGCUUUGUGGGUGCUCAUAGCGGCUCAGAUAUUCUGCUACCUGGGUCUGAACUAUGCUCGCUUCCACCAGGCUAGCGACACUGUCGGCUGGCAGGCUUUCUUCAGCUUUUCCUUUUUCCUGACUCUGCCUUUGAGGCUGACACCCAUCGUGCUCAUCACUACUGUAUCCUGUGGGGUCCACACUCUGGUUCUUGGCGUCGCUAUUGCUCAGCAGCAGCAGGAGGACAUUCAGGGAACAGCACUUAGCAGACAGCUGCUGGCCAACAUAGUGAUCUAUGUGUGUGCCAUCACUGUGGGCGUCAUGUCGUACUACAUGGCUGACCGUAAACAUCGAAAGGCCUUUCUUGAGGCCAGGCAGUCACUGGAGGUCAAACUCAACCUGGAGGAGCAGAGCCAGCAACAGGAACGCCUGCUGCUCUCCAUCCUUCCAAAGCACAUAGCUGAUGAGAUGCUUCAGGAUAUGAAGAAGGAGCCCAGUCAGAAAGAGAUGCAGCAGUUCAACACUAUGUACAUGUACAGACAUGAAAACGUCAGUAUUUUGUUUGCAGACAUCGUGGGCUUCACACAGCUGUCAUCGUCCUGCAGCGCUCAUGAACUGGUCAAACUGCUCAAUGAGCUCUUUGCUCGCUUUGACAAACUGGCUGCAAAAUAUCACCAGCUGAGGAUCAAGAUCCUGGGAGACUGCUACUACUGUAUCUGUGGGCUACCGGACUACAGGGAGGACCACGCUGCAUGCUCCAUCAUGAUGGGUCUGGCCAUGGUGGAGGCCAUCUCGUACGUCCGAGAGAAAACCCAGACAGACGUCGACAUGCGGGUUGGAGUGCACAGCGGGACAGUCCUUGGGGGGGUGCUGGGUCAGAAACGCUGGCAGUACGACGUCUGGUCCACAGAUGUCACUGUGGCAAACAAGAUGGAGGCUGGAGGGAUACCAGGUCGUGUCCACAUCUCACAGAGCACCAUGGAAUGUCUUCAUGGAGAGUUUGAUGUGGAGCCAGGGAAUGGAGGUGAGCGCUGUGACUACCUGAGGGAGAGAGGCAUCGAGACCUUCCUAGUCGUUGUUCCUAAAGGACCUGUGGGGAAGAGUGGAAUCAAUGGUGUAAAGCUGUCUGUUACCUCUUCCAAUGGAAACUCCCCACUGUUGAUCAACACCACAGAGUGUAACGGCAAUGUGAACACAGCCUGCCCCACACCGGAGGAACCAGAAGACCUUGAUACGAGGGUGGUAAAUCCAUCUUUCCCUAAUCCUCGGAGAAGGCUUCGGCUGCGGGACCUGGCUGAAAGGGUUAUCGAUGCUCAGGAGAACGAACAAGAGCUCAACAAACUGCUCAACGAGGCCCUGCUGGAAAGAGAGACGAUCCAAGCCCUGAAGGGGAAACACACCAACAAACUCUCCCUGAGGUUUGUGGAUCCAGACCUGGAGACUCGUUACUCUGUGGAGAAGGAGAAGCAGAGUGGCGCUGCCUUCUGCUGCUCCUGUGUGGUCCUGCUCUUCACUGCAGCCAUGGAGGCACUCAUAGACCCCUGGCUGAUUGCAAACUACAUCACCUUUGCAGUGGGAGAAAUCCUGCUGCUCAUCCUGACAAUUUGUUCUCUGGCUGCCAUCUUCCCUCGAGUAUUUCCCCAGAAGCUGGUGUCUUUCUCCACCUGGAUCGACCACACCCGCUGGGCUCGUAACACCUGGGCUAUGGCAGCAAUCUUCAUACUCACCAUGGCCGACAUCGUGGACAUGCUGAGUUGUCUGCCUCAAGUCCCAGACUCAGGCAGCACCACAGUGGCCCCAUCCUCCUCGUCUUCCUCUUCCUCCUCCUGGUCUGACCCUGGAGGUUGUCUGGACAACCCCAAGUACUACAGCUACAUUGCUGUGCUGGCACUGAUGGCCACCACCAUGCUGGUUCAGGUCAGUCACAUGGUCAAGCUCACACUGAUGCUGCUCAUCACAGUGGCCACCGGCAUUGUUAACAUCUACAGCUGGAGGGACAUCUUCGACCGCUAUGACUUGGCCCGCUUUCAGGACUACAGGUCAUACCUGGUGCCCUCCAAGUUCACAAUGACGAUUAUGAUCUUCAUUAUGAUGGUCAGCUUCUAUUAUUUCUCCCGACAUGUAGAGAAGCUUGCCCGCACCUUGUUCCUGUGGAAGAUCGAGGUCCAUGAGCAGAAGGAGAAAGUGUAUGAGAUGAGACGCUGGAAUGAAGCACUGGUGACCAACAUGCUGCCUGAACAUGUGGCUCGACACUUCCUGGGCUCCAAAAAAAGGGAUGAGGAGUUGUACAGCCAGUCCUACGAUGAGAUUGGAGUCAUGUUUGCCUCAAUUCCCAACUUCUCUGACUUCUACACAGAGGAGAGCAUCAAUAAUGGAGGAAUCGAGUGCUUACGGUUCCUCAAUGAGAUCAUCUCUGACUUUGACAGUCUGCUGGAUGAGACUCAGUUCCGCUGCAUCACAAAAAUCAAGACCAUCGGCAGCACCUACAUGGCAGCAUCUGGUGUCACCUCAGAUGUCAGCAACGGCUACACCUGCAUGAAGAAGGAGGAGCAGUCUGACAGAGAGCGCUGGCAGCACCUGGCAGACCUGGCAGACUUUGCUUUGGCCAUGAAGGUCACACUCAUGAACAUCAACUACCAGUCAUUCAACAACUUCAUGCUACGCAUCGGUCUGAAUAAGGGCGGAGUGUUAGCUGGAGUCAUUGGUGCCAGAAAACCCCACUACGAUAUCUGGGGCAACACUGUGAAUGUGGCUAGUCGCAUGGAGUCCACAGGGGUCAUGGGAAACAUCCAGGUGGUGGAGGACUGCUACAACAUCCUGAAGGAGUACAGCUUCCGCUUUGUGAGGAGGGGCCCCAUCUUUGUGAAGGGAAAAGGGGAACUGCUCACUUAUUUUCUGAAGGGAAGAGACAAACAAGGCUCAUUUAUCAAUGGCUCCUCUGUCACUCUGCCACACCAGGUGGUGGACAGCUAAGGACCACACACACACACACUGACACACACUCCCCAGCUAUCACCUCUAGGUUGUGAUGACUGCCAGAGAGUGUUUUUGGAAUGAAAAGUAAUUUGCCUAAAAUUGCUAACACCUGAACUUAACUGAAUGUUUACAAGUCAAAUUAAAACACCACUGACACACUUUAUACAAACCUGUAACAACACACCACUCUACUGAACACACACACACACACACGUGUUCACUGUCUGUGGAAAGAUAUAUGUACCAGUCAAGAUUGUAUUUAAAUUUGAAUGCCAUGUUUAAGAUGAACCACAGAACUCAAAACAUGUUGGAUAAAUUAAUGAAUUUACAGAAAAGAUUAGAAACUGUCAGGAAUACCAGGCAUCUAGACAAACACACACACACACACACACACACACACACACACACACACACACACACACCACACACACGCUAUAUAAGAUGAAAUCUAAAUCUAAAAGAAAUAUUAAGAGAAUGGGAUUCCAUUAGUGAGUAUGGAGUCUCCUGUGACACAACAAAAGUGAUAUGAAACAGCUUCUCCUCCACACUGACGGAGUCUAUGAUAUAUGUGAGAUGGGCUCUGACACACACAUCGGCCUCGCCUGCAGGUCAAUCCUAAAAGAUGGAUCAGUUUCAGCAGCUACUUAUCAGGCCGGUGGCGUUGUGGUUCUGUGGUACGCACGAUAACCACUCAGCUAUCAAAACUCACUGUAUUCAGUGUAAUCACAUGUCAUCUUGCUUACGGAACAGAUUGGAUUUUUUUAGUUAUUGGAAUGGAAAUUGUGUUUUGAAUUCAACCUUUCAGCAUGAGGAUGAUUAAUUCAAACUUGUUUCAUUUUAUUUAAAUAAAAUGAUGGUCUUUAUCUCUUUCCAUAAACAGAUAAAAACAGAACAGUGAUCACAGACAAACACACACAGCCUUUUUGCAAACACACCAGUUUUGAUGCCAUUUCCUCAUCACAUUCACACUCUGUGGCUUUUGGAUGCCCGGCCUAAAUUUUGGACUACUGAUCAUUUACAGAAUACUUCCAUGUAUGGAAACCUGACAAACUGAUCUGAGCUCAGAUUUCCUGUCUUUGAUGAGGAAGAGGAUGUGGAAGUGGACCAAUGAGAGGACAGAGUGCGACGAUACGGACUGAUCUGCCACCUGUUGCCAAUGUGUGGUUGUGUAUAAUAGUGUGUGCGCAUAGUGUAUUUUUCCACAGUCAAAGUAUUGUCUCAGUACUGUGCUCUCCUUUCUGCUACUGCAGCACUGGCUUCUGGGUGUUUCUGUGCCUCGGGAGUAUUGAACAUGAAGGAGAACACGCGUGUGUACUAUGUGUUUUAGGUGAGGGACAGGUGAUGGUGUCCAGAAGGUAGCACACAUGAAAGAAAUAUUUUUCACACUGAUUGUGGAUUGAUGGAAGUGCCUAUGACAGCUGUGAUCACCAUGUUUUCAUGUAGUUAAACCAUUCCAUAGCUUUUACAGGCAAGGAAAAUUCUCCGAAUCCAUUUCACAAAGCUGGGAAAAGACCAUUCCUGUUUAUUUCAACUUGCUCUGGUCAUCAUUUGUUUUGGUUAUUGUGCAGUUGAUAGCUGAGAUGUGCAGACACGAUAACAUUGCCAAAGGUGGGUCCCACGGGUCAAGAAACACCAGCAAUCAGACAGGUUGGAAACACACCAACAGGUUAGUCAAACUCAUUUCAAGAGAAAAAGAAGGCAAAAUGUAAAAUGAUUAAUUAAUUAGAGUUUGUAACUUUGACUCCACUCCCUAUAGUUUUGCACACAGUGUUCCUGGGAUUUCAGGUGUCUCACUUUCAGUUUAAAUUUUGUAUGAAAUGGUAUAGAUUAGCUGAUUAAAGUGUUUGUAUCCAAUCUGUGUGAAUGUCGGACUGCUCGUGUUUCUUGGCCCAUUAGACCUAUUUCAGUGAUGUCACUGUGACAUGAUCUCAGCUAUUAACCUGGAGAGGGAUGUUUUAAAAGCCAAAAAGGUCACAAGCUGUCAUAAACUGGAAUUUUCCUUUUACUGCAUGGUAGUCAUGUGGGAAAAGAAGGCUGUAACGAAAGUCAGAGAGUAAAUGUAAUUAUGUAAAAUGACGACGGCAACUAAAAGUUCCAAUACAUGAAGUUGAACUCGUAGCCUUCCACAUUGUUUGCACAAGAUUUGGAUCAACUCCAUUUCCACGUGGUCAGGCUGGUAUCCAGCAAUCGAAGCUAAGUCAUACGAAAUAAUGUGCCGUAAUUCCUAUGUUGACAUGGUAUUAAAUCUGCAACUGGAUAAUGA